GAAGUUCUGUGGUGCGCAGGCGCGUCAACCGUCUCUCUCAGCGCGCGCGGCGCUGAACUCCGAAUUUCCCUCUGGGUUUGCUGUGGGGCGCAAGCCUUCAGGCUGUGAGGGCUGUUUGCUCGCGGGAUCCUAGGGAUACCUACUCGGUUCUCCGUGAUCACGGGCAGUAAGUCUCUCUCGGAAUCCGCUGAUCUGCCCCUGGAGAGGCGACGACAUCAUCUAGACGCUUUUUCCUUCCAGCGGACUCAGCCCGGAGCCCUCAGCGUCGCUCUUGGCAGUUUUGACAGGUGUCGGUCGCCUGGAAUGAAAUGGCUCCUGGACAGGAUCGAGUGGUUGCUCUUGUGGAUAUGGAUUGUUUUUUUGUACAAGUGGAACAGCGGCAAAAUCCGCAUUUGAGGAAUAAACCGUGUGCAGUUGUACAGUACAAAUCAUGGAAAGGUGGUGGAAUUAUUGCAGUGAGCUACGAAGCUCGUGCAUUUGGUGUCACCAGAAACAUGUGGGCAGAUGAUGCAAAGAAGUUAUGUCCAGAUCUUCUCCUGGCGCAAGUUCGUGAGUCCCGUGGGAAAGCCAACCUCACCAAGUACCGGGAAGCUAGUGUUGAAGUGAUGGAGAUAAUGUCUCAUUUUGCUGUGAUUGAACGUGCCAGCAUCGAUGAGGCUUAUAUAGAUUUGACCAGUGCUGUGCAAGAAAGACUUCAAAAGUUACACGGUCAGCCUAUCUCUGCAGACUUGUUGCCAAGCACUUACAUUGAAGGGCUGCCCCGAGGCCCUACAGUAGAAGAGACUGUUCAGAAAGAGGAUCUUCGAAAACAAGGCUUACUUGAGUGGCUUGAUUCUCUUGAGAGUGAUGGCCCCCCCUCUGCAGACCUGCGGCUGACUGUGGGAGCCGUGAUUGUGGAGGAAAUGAGAGCGGCCAUAGAGAGGAAGACUGGCUUUCAGUGCUCAGCCGGGAUCUCACACAAUAAGGUCCUGGCAAAGCUUGCUUGUGGACUAAACAAGCCCAACCGCCAAACUCUGGUCUCACAUGGGUCAGUGCCACAGCUCUUCAGCCAGAUGCCCAUUCGUAAAAUCCGAAGUCUUGGAGGAAAGCUAGGGGCUUCUGUCAUUGAAGUACUUGGGGUAGAAUACAUGGGUGACCUGACCCAGUUCACUGAAUCCCAGCUCCAGAGUCAUUUUGGAGAGAAGAAUGGGUCUUGGCUGUAUGCCAUGUGCCGAGGUAUUGAACACGAUCCAGUUAAACCCAGACAGUUACCUAAAACUAUUGGCUGUAGCAAAAACUUCCCAGGGAAAACAGCUCUGGCUACUCAGGAACAGGUACAGUGGUGGCUUUUGCAGUUAGCCCUGGAACUUGAGGAGAGGCUAACCAAAGACCGAAAUGAUAAUGACAGAGUGGCCACUCAGUUGGUCGUCAGUGUUCGUGUUCAAGGGGACAAGCGUCUCAGCAGCCUGCGUCGGUGCUGUGCCCUCCCUCGCUAUGACGCUCACAAGAUGAGCCAGGACGCAUUUGCUGCCAUCAGGAACUGUAAUACGUCUGGAACCCAGACUGAGUGGUCCCCUCCUCUCACAAUGCUCUUCCUCUGUGCGACCAAGUUCUCUGCAUCUGCCCCUCCAACUUGCACAGAUAUCACUAUGUUCCUGAGUAGUGACUCAAGCUGUCAGCCAAAGGUGCCAAUUGCCUGCUCUGAGACUAGGACCCAGGCACCUGGCCCAGCUGUGCCCACCUCUAAAGAGGCAGCCACAUCAUCUGUAAAGACUUUUUUUCAAAAGGCUGCCAAAAAGCAGAGAAUGAAAGAGACUUCCUUUGCGCCUCUUAACAUGGCCACGGAGAAGUCAUCCUCCAAGCCCUCACUUGUGUUCCAAACCAGCCGACCCACAGGAACUCAGUCUUUCUUUAAGCAGAAGAGUCUGCUGCUACAGCACACACAGGUUAGUAAUUCUGCAGCUCCUUACCCUCCACAGGUCAACUCUGAAGCGCAACCAAGCUGUCUACCAACGGAGUGUGUAGACAGUGGUCCUGUUGAUGGAAGAGUGUUGAAGCCAGUAUCCUCGAAAGCAAUUUCUACAGAAAUGCAUGUGGCUGGAAACAGUCCAAACAUGCUUGAUUCUUCAGCUUACAACUCUCAGGAGGUGGCCCAGAGGGCACCUGAGGACCAAGUGCUCUGUGAGCAGUGUGACUCCCUGGUUCCAGUAUGGGACAUGCCAGAACACACGGACUACCAUUUUGCACUGGAGUUGCAGAAGUCUUUUUUGCAGCCUUGUACUUCAAAAUCCCAGGCUGUUCCUGCCAUGUCUCCUCAGGGCAAAAGAAAUCCCAAGAGUCCUUUGGCUUCCAGUAAUAAACGCUUUAGGCCCCACGGCAUGCAGACACUGGAAUCCUUUUUUAAGCCAUUGACACAUUAGUGCUGCCCUGGGGCUUGCAGAAGAGCUUUACUAUUUUAUUUCUAAGAGAUGGAAUCGUGAUUACUCAAGCGAAUUAUGAAAUUUUUAAUACAAAAUUAAUUUGUUUUUUUCUUUCUUCCAAUGGGAUUCUGAUCCUGUUGCUGAUCAAUGUUUUUAAUCUUUAGGGAGAUACAGUGUCAUAAAAGAUGUAAGGAACCUUGACAAACUCCCACAGCUUUGGGCUAGCUCACUUCCUUCCCUAUAAAAUUCACUAAAGACUAAACAUGAUAUUAGAAAUGUAACUCAAAAAAUUGAAAUUGAAAGGGGAGAAGAUGGGGCUGGAGAUACAGCCCACUUGUCUAGGACAGCAUGUGCAAGGCCCCAAGUUCACUUCCCAGUUCUGGAAGGAAAAUAAGGACUAUUGAGAUGAACAAGUGCAAACGACUGAAGUAAUGGACUUAGCAGUCUUCCUCAGCCAUACAGGCAUCAGAUUUUAUUAAAUUACAUGACUUUGAAUUACGUAUGAAACCAGGUAGAUUUAAUGGGUAGGAAAGUAGUAUGCACAUCUUUUCCCUACAUAAAUACAAAUCAACUCACUUAAAAAUUGGGUCUUUGAAAGAUUUGAAACUCACUGUUUAGCAGGAAAUUACCCUUUCCUUUGACUUUAGUGUGUAGUUCCUUCCCUGGCUAGAUUAAAGGCAAGAAUUCUUACAGUGCCUUACAUAUAAAUAUGUUCUUAAUGUUGGCUGAAUGCAUGAAGUAAAUUAUACCACACUGAGACAAUAAAAAUGUACUCUUUGGGGCC